GGCGUCCAUUCACAUUACACCCCAGCAAGAACGCGCAGACUCAAUCUCACUUUGGAGCGCGACAUUUAUAGUGAGGUUGGCUAUAUAAGUCCAUUCAGCGUCUACUCUUUAAGUAACUAUAGCUUAUACUUGUUUCUUAACGGAGCGAAGGAGGGUGGCAUCUCGCCAAACACCUGGUAACCCAAGCGGCAGUACUGGACCUCCUCUAAAGAUUUAAGAUUCCUGUUGAAAUCCUGACAUGAAGCUCAAUUUAUUUGGUACCACCGUGAUUCUGCUAGUUGCCUUCUUACCGCGCUACGAAUGUCGGGCUAUUGAGAGCCCUGGCGGUGCCCUGCGCGUCCCAGCUCCCCAAACCCAGAACUCCCAGCAGCAGCAGGAGCAGCAGUCUGGUCCCAUCUUGGAGCGGCUUGGAGAGGAGUAUUUCAUCCGACUGGGCAACGGGGACUCUAACUCUUUCCCAUCAUCGUCAAUGUAUCCCGGCGGAUCACCUGCAAUCUUCAACAGAGCACUGCAACUCCAGCUGACGAGGCGUCUUUUACAGGGGAAAGUUGGAAACAUCAGGGCGCUCAUAAGCGGCUUCGGUGACCGUGGGGACGAGUCGAUGGAGAGGGGAAGGAGGUCCGAGGACCCGCCGAUAUCCCUGGAUCUGACCUUCCACCUGCUCCGGGAGAUGAUGGAGAUGUCCAGGGCGGAACAGCUGGCCCAACAAGCGCAAAAUAACAGAAGAAUGAUGGAGCUCUUCGGGAAAUGAAGACCUCAAUCCAGUCCGCCAAAGAUCUCCCUUUCAUCUUUUUUCUUAUUUCUCAUUUUUACCAUCAGCACAAAACAUGCUCUGUACAAUAUAGUGCUGCUUUAUCACUCUAUUAUUUAUAGCUUUAACCUCAAACUAUGGAGCGUAAACGGGCUUGGCUCAUAAUGAUCCGAUUGUACCUUACCAUUUUAAUGUUUGUGUCAAAUCUGUAGAAUCUCACCGUUCUUCAUAUUUGAGAUGAAAUACUUUUGGUUAAGUCAUGAAAUACUGCAUUGAAAAAAUUUAAUUUUGUUAUAGAUUAUGACUCACUGUAUUUAUGAUAUUUAUGUUUGUUAAUAAACUUAUGUGCAACCAGUCA